CUCAGACACAGACACGAGUGAGAAGAACAGAAGGCUUUUACCGGACUCAGCACACGAGCUCUGAAGAAGAAAAAAUAAAUACAUUUUUUUACGUCCUAAGACUUAUUUUUAAGUCACCUUUCUUUUCCUCUACUUUGGAACUUAAACAGCUUGAAGCGAGCAGUCACACAUAUUUUUUUUUUCUUUCACCUCAUCACACUUCAUUUAAUUUUUUCGCAAUGUUUCCAGAGGCGAACAAAGGCUUCACCUAUGAGGACUGCAAGGCCACUGCCGAUUGGCUGCUGGCCCAGACAGACGUCCGACCCACGGUGGGCAUUGUGUGCGGCUCAGGCCUCGGGGGUCUUGCUGACAUGUUGAAGGACCAAGUGGCCUUCAACUACAAGGACAUCCCCAACUUUCCACAGAGCACCGUGCACGGACACGCAGGACGGCUGGUGUUCGGCACCCUGAAGGGAAGACCCUGUGUUUGCAUGCAGGGACGCUUCCACCUGUACGAGGGCUACCCGAUCCAGAAGAUCACGUUGCCUAUUCGCAUCUUCAAGCUGAUCGGUGUUGAGACGGUCAUGCUGACCAAUGCGGCCGGAGGCCUCAACCAGGACUUUAAAGUUGGAGACAUCAUGAUCAUCAAAGACCACCUCAACAUGCCCGGAUUCGCUGGGAACAAUCCUUUGGCUGGACCCAAUGACGAGAGAUUUGGCGUGCGUUUCCCGUGCAUGUCCGACGCCUACGACAGGGAGCUGCAGCAGCUGGCCAUGGACGUAGGGCUGGAGCUCGGCUACGGAGAUUUCCUGAAGGAGGGCGUCUACUGCGUGCUGGGCGGGCCGUCAUUCGAGACAAUUGCGGAGUGCCGCAUGCUACACAAGCUGGGCGCAGAUGCUGUCGGCAUGAGCACCGUCUACGAGGUGAUCGUCGCGCGUCACUGCGGCAUGCGCGUCUUCGCCCUCUCGCUGAUCACCAACCAGGCUGUGAUGGACUACGACAGCGAAGAGAAGGCCAAUCACGAGGAGGUCCUCCAGAUAGGCAAGCAGCGAGCGGAGCAGCUGGAGCGGCUGGUCUCCACCUUGGUGACCAAGAUCGAGCACAACAACAACUACGUCUGAGAAGCUUUGCAGGACAACCCAAGGACGCUUCACGUGGCCGCGGCUCACAUCUACUGCUAUUGUGCCAAAAGACAAUCCCACUCAAGUUUAGGAUUUAGGUGUUCUUAGUCAGAGGUCAGAAGAUGAUGUAAGUAGAAUGAAAGAUUGAUGUCACCGUGCCGUACAUUCCUCUGCUGAGUGGCUCCUGAAGAAGAAGUAGUCACCUCUCAGUGUUUUUUGUAUCGUUUUAAACAAGGCGUAUUUGUUCUAACUUAAAGUAUAUGAUCGACUUGUGUGAAUGUCUGCGAUUUAACUUAACAAUGAGAAACGAAUCUGCUGUAAAGAUCUUAACACUAAGGUAUUGUUGAAACGUGUAUAUUCGUGGAUUUAAGAUAUUGUACUGUGCAUGUUUUUUAAUAUGACUUGUUACUAAAUAAACUAUUUAUUACUAUGUAAA